UUUUUUUGAGAUGGAGUCUCCCUCUGUCACCAGGCUGGAGUGCAGUGGUGUAAUCUCGGCUCACUGCAACCUCUGCCUCCCGGGUUCAAGCAAUUCUCCUGCCUUAGCCAAGAAUUCAUAUUAAAGCAGUGGUCAUUUAAUGAAAUUUUGGACACCCUCACUUUAGGCACAUCUGCUAUCAGGCAAAAUUCUACCCAGCUUUUACACUGUGUCAGACAAUGUGCCAGACACUAAGAAUGCAAAUAAAACAUAGAACCUGGAAAGUUGUGUUUCUUCAAAGGAUACAUGGAGACACAAAUAAAAGCUGUGUUGGUAACAGAAAUAAGAGUCAUAAAAUGCUUCCAAGAAAGAAAGUGGGCCCAGAGGUAUUUCUUUGAGAGUGAGCGGGUGUAGACCAGGCAGGGAAAGAGUUGUAUUUCAGGCAAACACAAACCAUGAAAUGGCCUAGUGAGUGAAGGAAAGUAAGCCGUUCAACUCUGGAAGAAGUAAAGGGUUGAAAGGAGAAGUGAAGACACAGGCCUGACCCUUAGGUAGGACCCCUGGCUCAGCUGUUCCAGUCCCCAGACAUGGUGGGAGAUUGGCUCAAGUCACUGUACCUUACUGCCCUUAUCUGAACAUCAUUACAUUUCAAUGUUGAAAUUGCUGUUUUUAAUUAUAUUCCAAGGGACCUAGAAUAGAUGACAUAAAGGGGCCUCCUUUCACUUGUGUUAAUCUUGGAGAACCCACAUUAGCUUUGUUGCCCUGGGUUCCAAUCUCAGAAGUACAUGGAGAAAUAUGGCUGAACAGUUAAAAAGGAUGGAAAGGAGGAUCCAAGCAAGAUAAGGAGUUUGGACUUUGCUGUGUAUUUCAUGGGCGGCACUGAGGGGUUUUAAACACAGAAAAAAAGGAGAGGUUUCAGAAAGGUCUCUCUGGCAUCACAGUAGAGAUUUUUGAGGUAAAAGACAGGGAGAAAGAAAAACAAACACAAUAAUCGUGGAGUAGUGAUACUGACAGACUGAACUAAGAAACAGUGUGGAUAAGAAACUUUAUGCUCUACAGUACUGUAGUCAGCAGAAUAAUGGUCCCUCUAAAAAAGGUACCACAACUCUAUCUCUUAUUAGUAGUGUGAUUUGGGGCAAUUUAAAAGCCCUGAUCCUCAGUUUCCUCAUCUGUGAAAGAAAAAAAAAAGAAUAGCAAUGUCUUAAGUCAGGAUCCCCAGGAUCAAACCCUGAGAUGAAGAUUGUCUGCAAGUGAUUUAUUAUAGAAAUGCUACCAGGAAAAACUCCUCAGGCACCACAGUAAGCAAGAUAGUGAAGAAGGUGGUUUUAGGCAAAAUCUUAUCAUCAAUAUAAUUCUACAGGGGAGCCUCAGGGUGUAAAUUACACCUCAGGUUUUCUUGCUACUAGAGGCAAGACGGCUGGUCUUUUGUACUCUAUAGGAAAGUCCUUGGCAAAGGGUAUCCUGGGAAAGAAGUAAACUUGCAGGUGGUUCUGUCUGGCUCUCUAUGCCAGUAGACAAAGUGAGUCUAGUAGUGUUUGGGCAUUCCUCCAAAGAGAGUCUUGGGGCAGGCUGUGAGAAGCAAAAGAACACAGAAGCUAGAGGAAGGAUACUCGGAUUCAACCAAAGGGAUCCUAGGAGAUCUGGGUGGAGACCAUGUCUGUCACAAGCAUCUAUCUCAUAGAUAGAUUCAGUUCUAAGAACUGAAUGCAUUCAUAUCUUUCUUUCUUUGGCUUUUAGGAUUCCUAAACUAUUUUUCUUCUGGAAUAGCAUGCAAUAUUUAGCAUUCUGCUCUACACUCAGAGUGCUCAGUGAUAAAAUAAUUUUUUCUUGACAUAGCAUCAAAUCCAAAAAGGGUAAAGGCAGUGGAGAAAUAAAGCGAAUAUGAGGAAUACCAUAAUACAAAGAAAAAAACUAGUCUGAUCCCAAUUUCUGACUCCAAGGAUAGUGCUUUCCUCAGGGUUCCACUUUUAUCAGUUAAGAUCCAGUCAAAGGGUAUUGACUAUUAGGACAGGAAAAAAGCCCACUAAAGAAUACAGUAAUCAUGGUUAUUGGGAAGAGCCACUCUCUCUCAGGCUCUAGGGGAGUACCCAAGGAGGGAAUAACUGAGAACUUCCCCCUACCCACCCUCCACCCUACUAAGCCUGAGAGUAGGCGCUCAUUGGAAAUAAUAUGGCUGUGGUCCACUUAAUGAUCCAGAAAUUUAAGGUGUCACACACUGGGCUGCUGAGGAAACCAUCAGCUGUGUUUUCAGUAAAACUUGCUAGGAAGCCAUUCCACUGACAUGCCAGUGGUACUCCAUAGAAAGACACAUACUAGGGAACUGGCCAAAUUUACUGAAGAUUAUGUAACAUGGCCUUCUUGCACACCACUGGUCAGAAAGUCACUCACUGGCCACCAUACCAUAGGAGCAAGCAGGAAAGCACUGGAACCAAGAAAAGGAGCCCCUUUCUUUCUGCAGUGUUCCCCUAGCACCUUCUAUUGACAAAGCUAAACAUUGUGCCAACUGACCAUAAAGACGUUUACAGAUUUCAGCUCUAAUGUCACAAUUUAGGGCAAAGAAGGGUAGCUGUGAAGUUGAAGAGCACUAAGUUAACUGGCACUGACCUCAGUGACACUCCUGGGAUUUGGGGGAUGGGAGGAGCAUGCUGUUAUGCCCAAAUCCUGCUCCAUUUGUUUACUUUUUUCCUAAUUGUCUCUGAAAGAAACAGCAGGCCCAAUCUUUUGGGACACUAUGUACUGAGAGCUGGUAUGACACAUGGUAAGUGCACAGAGAGUUCAAUUCAGUAACUGAGACAAAGUCUAGAGCUGAACCACUUGGGUCUGAAUGUUAGCUUCACCAUUAACUAGAUUUGUAGCCUUGCAAAAGUUCAUCCUUGUAUACCUCAGUUUCCUUACCUGUAAAAGGAGAUAACAGUACCUAUUUUAUCAAAAUGUCAGAAGAAAUGAAGUAUUAUGUGUAAAGCCUAUAGAACAACAUCUUGCAUGUAGUUAGAACCUAAUAAAUAUUAGUAUAUUCCAUGAAUGGUAGCUUGUCAUUCGGUUUUACAAUAGGUUCUCAUGAUGAGUUUCCAUUUAGAACUAUGCCUCAUAAUGCUAACACUCAACUUCUCUGGGUGAGAUUAGGCUUUGCUAUCAAGUCUUGCCUACUCCUGGCCAUUGCCUGCAGCUCUGGCUUCAGAUCCUGGCACUGCCCCUGGCUCACUGAAUAAGCUUCAACUAGUGCAGACAACUUACAGAGGAUCUGUUUUCUCAAGUGAAAAAAAGACACAAGGUUAAACAAAUCAUCUUUCUUUAAGAUCUCUUCCAGUUCUGACUACAUUUGAUCCCCCUCAUCCCCAAGUAGUAAGUUAUACCUAAGAGGGAAAGAGGAGGGAAUUAUCAUUUUGAACUCCUACUCACCUGUGCCAGGAGAGCACUGCUGUGACUGAUUUCCCUGAUUUCAUCCUCACCACAGUCCUAACAGAUAUUGUUAAAGUCCAUUUAACAAGUAAGAAAGCUGAGGCUCAGGAAGGUCAAGCAGUUUACUCAAGAUCAUAUUCUCAGUAAGCCGCAGAGUCUGGAUUGAAACCUGGUCUUUCUGUUUGGGUCGACUCAACAUUUUUAACCGUAUUGUUUGCCUCCUACAUCACCUUCAUCUCAGACAUUAAGAAUCCUACCUAUUCAAUGCUUUUCAUCCUCUGCUUUAAAGAGAUAAGUGGGUGUACAACUUUUUUUUUGUCUGAAACAUAUCAUUUAAAAGUUAAGCAAAUGAAAUUCAUUUACCAGUUACAGGAAUUUUUUUCUUAAAUCACGGUUAAUAUCUCACAGGAAAUUAGCUCUCCAGUGGAAAUCAGCAGCCUCCCUGCAUCCUUUUGCCCCUGUCCUCCCCUCUCUUGGAUGCAAACCCGGCGAAAAGAAGGGAACACUGCUUGGGGUCAGCGAGCUGAGUUCCAGCUCCAACUGUACCAUUUUCACCCUCGGGAGUCUUCUCCCCUUUCUCUGUGAGCAAAGAAGUGUUCGGCCAGAUCGUCUUAAGGAUUCUUCCCCAGGUACAAGCCGGACUCUGGCGGCUUUCCUGGGCAAGGGAGUGUCUCCGCCUUCUCUCUGCCGCAGGUCCCUGGUUAAAUUGUCAAUUUCUCUGCGGAGGCUGCUCACUGCAUCCGCUCCCUGCACCCCUAGCCCUGUAGACCCCUUCUCUUUCCCCUACUUGGGAAAAGUGAAGCCCCUUAUCCUUGGAUAGCCUUUCACCAGACAACAGCAGCCCUCCGCUAAAUUUCCCUACUGGUGGGACGCGCGGGCGGGGGCCUGCCCCGCGGAAUGCGAGGCUGCUUCCCUUCUGCGCAAUCAGGGUACGCAGCCUCCAGUUCUCUAACUUUCUUCUUCUCUAAGAGGGAAUUUCGAGAACUUUGAGACAAAUAAGUGACUGUAUAGAUGAAGACAUGAAACCUCUCUACACAGUGAACUCCCCCAAGCCACAAGGCUCCCAGGGCUCCCAGGCCUUCUCCCGCAAUGCCCCGCCAGGUCCCCCGCCCCAACUCCUUCUCACGGCAGGAUCCCGCGCCAGGAGGCUCGCAGAGCCCGAGAUGUGGCACCAGGCACCAGGCGCGCCACAAGUCCAGGUCCCGCUAUUUCUGCUCUAUCAGAGCCCAUGUCGGAGGAAGUCAGCGCGUCCUCCUCGCACAGCAGCCUGGCGCGCGGCUCGGCCGCACAGAGGCUGAAGAAAGGUCCGCACUGGGCUCGAGGCCCUUCCUGCCGGCCUCCCCACGCCGGGCCUCGGCUCCCCUCCUUCCCGGCUCCCGCCUCCUCCCGUAGGCUGCCAGGCGGACCCAGCCUGCCUCUCUCUCUGCCUUCACUACCGGGUCAAGCUGCGGAGGGAGGGAGGCAGCGGCGAAGCCCUCCGUGGCUCCCCACCCGGCGCGCGCGCCCCUCCUCCCCUGCCUCCUCCCCUCUGCCAGUACAGUACAACUAGUACACACACACACACACACACACGCACACGCACCCUGCCACUGCAGCUGCCAUGGAUAUCAGCUAACAACACACACCCAGGCGCGCGCACGCGUUCCCACUCGCACCACGCAGGAGUGGCCCCCGGCAUCCCUACCCUCCUUCCCCACCCCCACCGCACCCGCUCACCAGCUCGGCUACUGCUCGCUCCGGCUGCCGCCGCCGCCGCCGCCGACGCCACCACCACUGCUUCCUCUGCUGCGGGGCCACAGCCUUGAGUGUCAUUCAAGGGACAGCACAACCUCACCCAAGCUCUCCUACCUCUGCCCAGCCGUCCCUCUCAUCCUCCCCCUUCCUCGUCCACACUCCAUCCAAAGAAGAGGGAAAGCACCGAAUAGAGGGGGGCGAAGGCAAAGUCUGCUGUUCUUCCCCCUGGGCCCCCUUGCUCCUCCAUCCUCAUUCUCUCACCACCAGCCCCCCUAACCCCAAGGAGCCCAGGAACUGAGGCGACUCACCCCACUGCCAUGUCCAAAAGCUUGAAAAAGAAAAGCCACUGGACUAGCAAAGUCCAUGAGAGUGUCAUUGGCAGGAACCCGGAGGGCCAGCUGGGCUUUGAACUGAAGGGGGGCGCCGAGAAUGGACAGUUCCCCUACCUGGGGGAGGUGAAGCCCGGCAAGGUGGCCUAUGAGAGCGGCAGCAAGUUGGUGUCGGAGGAGCUGCUGCUGGAGGUGAACGAGACCCCCGUGGCGGGGCUCACCAUCAGGGACGUGCUGGCCGUGAUCAAACACUGCAAGGACCCCCUCCGGCUCAAGUGCGUCAAGCAAGGAGGAAUUGUUGAUAAAGACCUUCGUCACUACCUCAACUUACGAUUUCAAAAGGGUUCUGUGGACCAUGAGCUUCAGCAAAUCAUUCGUGACAACCUCUACCUCCGCACGGUGCCAUGCACCACAAGGCCACAUAAGGAGGGUGAGGUCCCUGGAGUGGAUUAUAUUUUCAUCACUGUUGAAGAUUUUAUGGAAUUGGAGAAAAGUGGUGCUCUCCUAGAAAGUGGGACUUAUGAAGACAAUUACUACGGUACCCCAAAGCCGCCAGCAGAACCAGCACCAUUAUUGUUAAAUGUAACAGACCAGAUACUUCCAGGAGCCACUCCAAGUGCUGAAGGAAAACGGAAGAGGAAUAAAUCAGUGAGCAACAUGGAGAAAGCCAGUAUAGAGCCUCCUGAGGAGGAAGAGGAAGAGAGGCCUGUGGUCAAUGGAAAUGGAGUAGUAGUAACACCAGAAUCCAGUGAACAUGAAGACAAAAGUGCAGGUGCCUCAGGGGAGAUGCCCUCCCAGCCUUAUCCUGCACCAGUGUACAGUCAGCCUGAGGAGUUGAAGGAGCAGAUGGAUGACACAAAGCCAACUAAACCUGAAGACAAUGAGGAACCAGACCCAUUGCCUGAUAACUGGGAAAUGGCCUAUACAGAGAAGGGCGAAGUCUACUUCAUUGACCAUAACACAAAGACAACAUCAUGGCUGGAUCCACGACUUGCGAAAAAGGCUAAACCUCCAGAAGAGUGCAAAGAAAAUGAGCUUCCAUAUGGCUGGGAAAAAAUCGAUGAUCCCAUUUAUGGCACUUAUUAUGUUGACCACAUAAAUAGAAGAACACAGUUUGAAAAUCCUGUACUGGAAGCAAAAAGGAAGCUACAGCAACAUAACAUGCCCCACACAGAACUUGGAACAAAGCCCCUGCAGGCCCCAGGUUUCCGAGAAAAACCACUCUUCACCCGGGAUGCAUCCCAGUUGAAGGGAACAUUCCUCAGCACCACCCUAAAAAAGAGCAACAUGGGUUUUGGAUUUACCAUCAUUGGUGGAGACGAGCCUGAUGAGUUUCUGCAGGUGAAAAGUGUGAUUCCGGAUGGGCCUGCAGCACAGGAUGGAAAAAUGGAAACAGGUGAUGUCAUUGUCUAUAUUAAUGAAGUUUGUGUCCUUGGACACACUCAUGCAGAUGUUGUCAAACUUUUCCAGUCUGUUCCUAUUGGUCAGAGUGUCAACCUGGUGUUGUGUCGUGGCUACCCUUUGCCCUUUGAUCCUGAAGACCCUGCUAACAGCAUGGUGCCACCCCUUGCAAUAAUGGAGAGGCCACCUCCAGUGAUGGUCAAUGGAAGACACAACUAUGAAACAUAUUUGGAGUACAUUUCUCGGACCUCACAGUCAGUUCCAGAUAUAACAGAUCGGCCGCCUCAUACUUUGCACUCUAUGCCAGCUGAUGGUCAGCUAGACGGCACGUAUCCACCGCCCGUCCAUGAUGACAAUGUGUCUAUGGCUUCAUCUGGGGCCACCCAAGCUGAACUUAUGACCUUAACCAUUGUGAAAGGUGCCCAGGGCUUCGGCUUCACUAUUGCUGACAGUCCUACAGGACAGCGGGUGAAACAAAUACUUGACAUUCAGGGAUGCCCUGGCCUGUGUGAAGGCGACCUCAUUGUUGAGAUCAACCAGCAGAAUGUACAGAACCUGAGCCAUACAGAAGUAGUGGAUAUACUUAAGGACUGUCCCAUUGGAAGUGAAACUUCUUUGAUUAUCCAUCGAGGAGGUUUCUUUUCUCCAUGGAAAACUCCAAAGCCUAUAAUGGACCGAUGGGAGAAUCAAGGCAGUCCUCAAACGAGUUUAUCUGCUCCGGCCAUACCGCAGAACCUGCCCUUCCCACCUGCCCUUCACAGGAGCUCCUUUCCUGACUCAACAGAGGCCUUUGACCCACGGAAGCCUGAUCCAUAUGAGCUCUACGAGAAAUCUAGGGCCAUUUAUGAAAGUAGGCAACAAGUGCCACCCAGGACCAGUUUUCGAAUGGAUUCCUCUGGUCCGGAUUAUAAGGAAUUGGAUGUUCACCUUCGGAGGAUGGAGUCUGGAUUUGGCUUCAGAAUCCUCGGGGGAGAUGAGCCUGGACAGCCUAUUUUGAUUGGAGCUGUCAUUGCCAUGGGCUCAGCCGACAGAGACGGCCGCCUUCACCCAGGAGAUGAGCUUGUGUAUGUUGAUGGGAUUCCAGUAGCCGGCAAAACCCACCGCUAUGUCAUCGACCUCAUGCACCACGCAGCCCGCAAUGGGCAGGUCAACCUCACUGUGAGAAGAAAGGUGCUAUGUGGAGGGGAGCCCUGCCCAGAGAACGGGAGAAGUCCAGGCUCUGUAUCCACCCACCACAGCUCUCCACGCAGUGACUACGCAACCUACACCAACAGCAACCACGCUGCCCCCAGUAGCAAUGCCUCUCCCCCUGAAGGCUUCGCCUCCCACAGCCUGCAGACCAGUGAUGUGGUCAUUCACCGCAAAGAGAACGAGGGCUUCGGCUUUGUCAUCAUCAGCUCCCUGAACAGGCCUGAGUCUGGAUCCACUAUAACUGUGCCCCAUAAAAUCGGACGCAUCAUUGAUGGGAGUCCUGCAGAUCGCUGUGCAAAACUAAAAGUGGGAGACCGGAUCCUAGCAGUGAAUGGCCAGUCUAUCAUCAACAUGCCUCACGCUGACAUCGUGAAGCUCAUCAAGGAUGCAGGUCUUAGUGUCACCCUUCGCAUCAUUCCUCAGGAGGAGCUCAACAGCCCCACCUCGGCACCCAGCUCAGAGAAGCAGAGUCCCAUGGCGCAGCAGAGUCCCCUGGCACAGCAGAGUCCCCUGGCCCAGCCAAGCCCAGCCACCCCCAACAGCCCCAUCGCCCAGCCAGCACCACCUCAACCACUUCAGCUGCAAGGACACGAAAAUAGUUACAGGUCGGAAGUGAAAGCAAGGCAAGAUGUGAAACCAGACAUCCGACAGCCUCCAUUCACAGACUACAGGCAGCCCCCGCUGGACUACAGGCAACCCCCAGGAGGGGACUACCAGCAGCCCCCGCCCUUGGACUACAGGCAGCCUCCCCUGCUGGACUACAGGCAGCACUCCCCCGACACCAGGCAGUACCCUCUGUCGGACUACAGACAACCCCAGGAUUUUGAUUAUUUCACUGUGGACAUGGAGAAAGGAGCCAAAGGAUUUGGAUUCAGCAUUCGUGGAGGAAGGGAAUACAAAAUGGAUUUGUAUGUGUUGAGACUGGCAGAAGAUGGACCAGCAAUAAGGAAUGGGAGGAUGAGGGUAGGAGAUCAAAUCAUUGAAAUCAAUGGGGAAAGCACAAGGGACAUGACACAUGCCAGAGCAAUAGAACUCAUCAAAUCUGGAGGAAGACGAGUGAGGCUGCUGCUCAAGAGAGGCACGGGACAGGUCCCAGAAUAUGGAAUGGUACCUUCCAGUCUCUCCAUGUGCAUGAAAAGUGACAAGCAUGGGUCCCCAUAUUUCUACUUAUUGGGCCACCCUAAAGACACGGAAAGAUCCAAACUGGCUAGAACUGACAAUAGGAAGGACGAACCCGCCCCCUGGAGUUCUCCCGCUGCCGCCGCCCCAAGUCUGCCGGAAGUAGGCGUCUCCCUGGACGACGGCCUCGCUCCAUUCUCUCCAUCACAUCCAGCCCCACCCUCCGACCCUUCCCACCAGAUAAGCCCAGGCCCAACUUGGGAUAUCAAACGGGAACACGACGUUAGGAAACCAAAGGAGCUUUCAGCCUGCGGCCAGAAGAAGCAGCGCCUCGGGGAGCAGAGGGAGCGCUCGGCGAGUCCGCAGAGGGCCGCGCGGCCGAGGCUCGAGGAGGCGCCCGGCGGCCAGGGGCGGCCCGAGGCCGGCAGGCCCGCCUCGGAAGCCAGGGCGCCCGGGCUUGCGGCGGCAGACGCGGCGGACGCGGCGCGGGCGGGCGGGAAGGAGGCGCCCCGUGUGGCGGCGGGCUCCGAGCUCUGCCGGCGCGAAGGCCCGGGGGCUACGCCGGCGUUCUCCGGCCCGGGCGGCGGCGGCGGCGGCGGCGGCAGCGCCGCGCGGGAGGCCGAGGGCAGGGUGGGUGCGCGCGCGGGUCCCCGGCCGGGCCCGCGACCCCCGGGGGGCGCCCCCGCGCGCAAGGCCGCCGUCGCGCCGGGUCCCUGGAAGGUGCCGGGCUCUGACAAGCUGCCGGGGGUCCUCAAACCCGGCGCCUCGGCCGCCAGCAGAUGAGCCGCGCGGCCACGGCCAACCCGCCCGCCCCGGCGCAGGCCGUUCUUCUUAGGUUCCGUCUCACGGCGUUUUAAUUUAUUUUCACUGUCACACGCAUAGAUCCACGAGGCACCAAGGCCUGGGAGCAUCGACGUGAAGUCCCACGUGUCCGGUGUGCUUGGGCGGCAUCGCGUCAACGCGCAGACCUAAACUGAUCCUAAAGCCCCCGGUUCCCUUGUGGGGGCUUUGGCAGCUAUGGAAGAACCAAAAUAACGUGAAGAACAUCACAGAGAGACAGUGCAGUGUAGCUUUAGUUUAAGAAAAAAAAAAUAUUCCUCCCCACUGCAUGAAGGACUUGGAUGUCAUCCAAACUUUAUAUCAAGAAACAGGACAAAGUUAAGAGCAAUCACAAACUGGAAUAUCGCCUUAAAAAUCAAACUGCACGGAGCAAGCUGAAACUGAGACAAGAUUAUAUCUUUUAAUUGAUCUAAAGCGUUGUAAAUAAAUUGUUCUCGACAUAUCUAGACAGGGGUUAAAGGGUUUGACACAUUCGGAACCGUUCACCCAUGACAUGUUUCCAUGGCUCACCCUUGGCAUCCAUCCUCGGUGUUAGCAGCAGCGUUCCCUGCCUCCUGCAGGAUGACUUAGAAAUCUAGUGAGUUUCUUGGUGUGAUGCCAUUUUUAUUGCCCUUUGUGUGAUCAAAUCAUAUUUCUGUACAUUUUCAGUGGUAGAAAAAAGGUUUUAAAAAUUGUAUCCUAGGGAACAGUUUGCCAUAAGUCAGAAUUUUGCAGUUUAGCUCAUAGAUCUUAAUUGGUUUUUCUCUAAAAUAUGAAUUUUAUAAUUGAAGGACCACAAUUUGUUUAAUCAAGAUAGGCAACGCUGCAGUUCCUUUAUGAAGAGGCUUUUCUGUCUUCCCAGGCUAGCAGAAAUGGAUAGCUUCUUUGUCAGCAAUGUGAUUUCACUUAUUUUAUUGUCUUAUUUUAAACCCUGUCUCCAUGACUUCAUUUGCACUUUGACAGAGCAGAGGCAGAGUAUUUGUCUUAUAUUUCUCAGAUUAUAUUAAAAAGUUACAACCAAUUUAUUUUCAUUAAAGAACGUGAGUCUUUUUAGCAUUCCUUUCUCCUUUUGUUUCCAUUAGUUUUCUUUCGUCUUGUAUUCUUUGCCACUUUAUUUUGUUAGCAACUUCUACAUGUUUAUCUUCAUGGAUCUAUGAUUGACCUCCUAGUAAAAUUCUAAGCCUUGCCUUUCUUCCCUGCUGUUUUAGCAUUUCUUUGUAAAAUGUUAGCUUCAAUUAAUUAGCCAUUGGUACUUACUGUAGCUACACAUAUUAAAAGGCAAAGCGUUUCUAAAGGCAAUUUCUUUUUAAUAUGCCCUGAAUGAAUGAGGCUUCAUCCUUUCCAUAUUCUUACUCUUUACAGGAGUUCGAAUGCAAAUAAGCUUCACCUCCCGGCACUUGCAGUCUAAAAAGUAAAAGAGGCGAUCAGGUCCAUCUCAAAGGUCACAUGUAAUAGCCUCCCUGGGCUGAUCAUUCCCUCUCCUUGUAAUUGCAGUAUCCUGAGUAGCAGUUUAAUUUUCAUCAAAAAUCGGAGUAGUUUAGCUGUUUGACAGAAGGAGAAUAAGGUUGAAAGCCUCAAGUGAAGGAUCUUGCAGCUUGUAAAAGUAAUUUCCAAAAAUGAAACCCAUUCAUCAUAAACAAAAGCACAAACACAUGUAGCAGUUUAUAAUGCUUUUGGUUUAAUCUCAAUUAGUCUUUCUCCCCUGGACUAGAAAUCCAGUAUAGUUUGCCAUUAAUUUAUUGAAUCUGGUUUUGGACAAUGCUUCUGUAGUGUAGCUGCACGUCCUGGUACUGUAUCCUCUGACUUUAUUUUCCAUGUAUUACAAAAGGAAAAAAAAAUUGAGAUUACACUGGCAUAAACUCUAAUUUGCACAGUUCACAGCUACUACUUGUGCAGUAAUUGCUUUAUGCGGCUGUAAUCCAUAACCUGUGAAGACAGCACAUCAUCUAAAUCCCAUUCCAAAUAAUAUUUGUGUAGUGUUAGCUGUGAAUUUACCCUGUACAGCUGUAUCUCUAUAAAUAUAAUUCCAUGUAUUAAUAGUCACAGAAAGACUGUAAGUGAGCAACUAUUUUUAUGAAACGCACCACUAUGGAUAAAUUAACUUUUACAGAAAUCUUGUUUACUGUAUGAUAUUCUAAAACACUGUCAAAUAAAAUAUAUAUCCAAAAAUCUUUUCUUUUUCCAACUAUA